UUAUGUUUUACUGCGCCUGUUUCGAACUAUAAAUGGGCUGCCUACACACAUCUCAAGAGGCAGGUUUAAGUUGAGCCCUGUUGUUGUUCUUUUGGGCCCUGGAAGCAGCAGCACCAUGCCUGCGAGAGAGGUCAGGAGCGAGUACAAGAAAGAUGCUUCUGGAGAGGCCGUUACCACAGUUUACAGCAAUGCAACACCGCCGCCGGCUUCAGACUCUACAGAUGAAUUUACCACCUACUUUGAUCAGAAAAUCCCUAUCCCUGAAGAUGAAAAGCAUCCCUGGUUCAGUUUUCGAAAACUCUGGGCCUUCACUGGGCCAGGCUUUCUCAUGAGUAUCGCCUACCUGGAUCCAGGCAACAUCGAAUCGGAUCUACAGUCUGGUGCUGUUGCAGGGUUUAAGCUACUCUGGGUUCUCCUGCUGGCCACUGUCAUUGGUCUGCUGUUACAGCGUUUGGCAGCGAGACUAGGGGUGGUAACAGGACUUCAUUUGGCGGAAGUAUGCAACCGGCAGUAUCCAAAGGUCCCACGGAUUAUCCUGUGGCUGAUGGUGGAGCUGGCUAUCAUUGGGUCCGAUAUGCAAGAGGUUAUUGGUUCAGCCAUUGCUAUUCACCUCCUGUCUGUUGGAAAGAUUCCUUUGUGGGGUGGGGUUCUCAUAACCAUUGCUGACACCUUCAUGUUUCUCUUCCUGGACAAAUAUGGCUUGAGGAAACUGGAGGCAUUUUUCGGCUUCCUGAUUACUGUUAUGGCCAUUAUGUUUGGAUAUGAGUACGUUACAGCAAAACCAAACCAGGCCGAGCUGCUAAAAGGGAUGUUUGUGCCAUACUGCGAUAAAUGUGGCCCUCCUCAGCUGGAACAAGCUGUGGGAAUCGUGGGCGCUGUCAUCAUGCCACACAACAUGUACCUGCAUUCUGCUUUGGUUAAGUCUCGGCAGAUUAAUCGGUCCAACAAGAAAGAAGUCAGCGAGGCGAACAAAUAUUUCUUCAUAGAGUCCUGUGUCGCCCUCUUUGUCUCCUUCCUCAUCAAUGUCUUUGUCGUCUCGGUCUUUGCAGAAGCUUUCUUUGGUCAAACCAAUGCGGAAGUGCAUAACGUGUGUGCAAAUGUCAGUAUCGAGCAUGCUGGGCUGUUUCCACUGAACAACGAUACCCUGGAUGUGGAUAUCUAUAAAGGGGGUGUCGUUCUCGGGUGUUAUUUUGGUCCUGCUGCUCUCUACAUCUGGGCUAUUGGGAUUCUUGCGGCAGGACAGAGCUCAACGAUGACUGGGACCUAUUCUGGACAAUUUGUCAUGGAGGGGUUCCUGAAUCUAAAGUGGUCACGUUUUGCUCGGGUGGUUCUGACCCGCUCUAUUGCCAUCACCCCGACCCUCCUGGUUGCCAUUUUCCAAGAUGUGGAACAUCUGACUGGCAUGAAUGACUUCCUAAACGUUCUGAUGAGCUUACAGCUUCCCUUCGCUUUAAUUCCAGUCCUCACCUUUACCAGUCUGCGUCCUGUGAUGAAUGACUUUGCCAAUGGGCUGGGCUGGAAGAUUGCUGGGGGGAUUCUCGUCAUUAUAAUAAUUUCCAUUAACAUGUACUUUGUGGUGAUCUACGUCACCGCUCUGGGGCAGAUGGUAUUGUAUGUCAUUGCCACAAUUAUCAGCAUUGUGUACCUAGCCUUUGUGGCAUACUUGAGUUGGCAGUGUUUAAUUGCUCUUGGGGUCUCCUUCCUGGCCUGUGGGCACACGUAUCACCUGGGACUCACUGCUCAACCUGAACUCUUCCUUCUCAACAAUAUCGAUGCUGAACCAGUCAUGAGUAGAUGAAUCCCUCUGAAUCGCAGUAGUAAGAAACAGUGUUUUGUUUUCCAAAGAAGUCCUUCAAUGCUGCACAGAACCAAGUUUUAAUUGGUUCAGAAAGAAACGUGUAUUCGAGGACUGUGAAGGCACCUGAACUUUUCUCUGGUGAGAGGAAUAGAAAUUGUGCAGAGGGGAUUCCAGGGUUUCUGGACAGUGGUCUUCCUUAGAGGUUGCACCCAAGUUUAAUUGGGAAGAUUAUGAAUGAACUUCUGAUAUUGUGUAUGAAGAGCACAUGAUGCACCAUGAGAGGGUGGGACGAUACAGCAGACCCAUGUCUUUUUAAAUGUCGCCUGGAAAGCUUGGGGGUGGGUACAGUUAGAAGCAGAAAAAUGAUAGGCUGGAGGGAAGUGAUUAACCCUUCCCCCACUGUCAAUCUUCCCUCCCUCCUCCAACUGGUUUUCUCCCAUUGGGCUUAUUUCCAAUCUCAGACCCUGACUGUGACUGGAAGGGGCUGAAGGGAGAGAGAGGGGAACCAAAAGUAGGUUUUGCAUUCCCUUUAUGUCUUCUGCGUUUUCACUUGAAGUUCCCCUUCGCUCUACAGGUGUUUAGAGGCAUUCUCACAUUUGAAGACAUGGGAUGGCCUCCAUCUCAUGUUCUUCCAACCAAAGUCUGUACCUUGGGUUUAGAUACAAGGUUUUGAAUUUUUCCCCUUUUUUAAAAAAAUGUAAUUUAUUUGGGGUACUUAAAUGUUUCUCAGCUGAAGACUGGGCUUCUAUUUUAUACAGACUGUUACCUGUGUGUCUGAAGUAGAAAUGGUAGGGCAGCUCAUCUUACCCCCAGAUUUCUGGAAACCAUCCAGAAAUGGAGACUAUCCUAUUGAUAUUUGAUUUUUUAAAAAGUAUCCUAUGGAAGGAAAUCUGUUUGUACAAAAGAAAAAUCAGAAAUGUAAAGUAAUAUGAGAGACCCUAAUGUUUACAAUCCAUCAGGAACAAUUUCAUCACAAGUCCCACUGAGAUGACUACAAGUUGCACAAGAGCGCAAGUGCAGAUCUUUAAGACUGCUUCCACCUGCCUCAUAUCCACCCUGCAGCAAUUUGCUGUGUAGCUGUCGUCACUGCUGUGAAUGCAGAGGCAUUUGCUGCAGCAACAGUGACCACAGAGAAAGUAUGGUGAACUUUCCUUGCUUUGGCUGACCAUGGUUGGUGUUCUGCCCCCUCUCAUGUCACUGGAGGGCUAUUAGGGGCUUUUGUUUAAAAAAAUCAGUAAUUGCUACAUUGGUAUACCAUUAUAAGUAUCUUUUGCUUUGGUUUACUAGUUCCUGUAAAUUCCUGUCAUUUUUAAAAAACUCUCUAGUCCUUUUUGUUAAAGAGAUAGAAGGGGUGCACUUUCCCCCUUGUAUCUUUACAAUGAAAAGAACUAGACACUGACCCAAUU